AUGGAUGAUGAGUUAAAUGGAACAAUUAUAACUCUUGGUGGGUAUGUGGAAGUUAACAAAUACAGAUAUGUUUAUUUCUUUAUUAUAUUCAUAAUAUAUUUGUUAAUAAUAUGCUGUAAUUUAACGAUUGUGUACCUUAUCUGGAAGCACAGAAACCUCCAUGAGCCUUUGUAUGUUUUCAUUGCAGCUUUGCUAUUGAAUUGUGUUCUUUACAGCACUUGUGUUUACCCAAAGUUUCUGAUAGACUUUUUAUCUGAAAAACAGGUCAUAUCAUAUCCAGCUUGUCUUUUUCAGUUUUAUAUUUAUUAUGGUAUAGGCAGUUCAGAGUUCUUACUAUUGUCAGCCAUGGCCUAUGACCGAUAUGUUUCUAUAUGUAAACCUCUUCAAUAUCCAACUAUCAUGACAAAAACCACUGUAAGUAUUUUCCUGUUUGUUGCUUGGCUUCUGCCUGCUUGUCAAUGUUUGGUCCCAGUAAUAUUCAGUGCUAAAACUAAACUGUGUAGCUCUACUUUAAAAGCAAUAUUUUGUAAUAAUGCAAUUUACAGUCUUCAAUGUGUCUCAUCAAGAACAAUUACUAUAUUUGGUGUAGUGGCUUUAUUAUUUUUCCUAAUUCUGCCUGUGCUUUUCAUAAUUUUUACAUACACAAAGAUAUUUAUAAUAACCUAUCGAAGUUCUAAAGAAGUCAGGAAAAAAGCAGCAGAGACCUGUUUACCCCACCUGAUGGUUUUAAUCAGUAUCUCCAUUUUAAGUGUAUAUGAUAUCAGUAUAGCUCGAGUAGAAUCUAAUUUGCCGAAACCUGUACGUUUAAUAAUGAUGUUACAAAUAGUUCUGUAUCAUCCUUUGUUUAAUCCACUUAUAUACGGGCUCAAAAUGAAAGAAAUUUCUAAACACCUCAAAAGGUUGUUCCUUCCAGCGAAAAAGGCUUGAUGUAUUAACACUGAUCACCACUUUAUGGGAUUUUUUUCUGAAAUAAUCAUCCAAAGAUAUUCAUUUUCAAAGGUAUUUAAU